CUUUGAUGACAACCAAUCAAUAUUAGUUGCUCAUUUAUGACGACGAAUUCGUGCAGUUAUAUUCUUCUAUUAUCAAGGUAGGAACCCCAUACAGGAUGAAUCCUCCCUUGAAUAUCUCAUGACCAUUUGUCUCCAGCAAUCCAAUGCCAAUCAGGACAAGAAAACCUGCUAUUAGAAGCAGACCUUCACCAAAGACGAAGACAAGGACAUCCUCAAGUACGUAGUGCAAUUCGGACCAAAUUUUAAUAAGAUCGUCAAAUAUUUCCCUGGCAAAACCAUGAAUAUGAUCAAGAAUCGUUAUUAUAAGAAACUUCGAUAUCUGAAAUCCGAAUUGCAUGUUGACAAUGAAUUCGACUCCAUGAGCAACAAUACUAAAAUUAAAAAAAGUCAUUGA